AUUAAGACAAAGGAACAAGAUCAAUACGAACAAGUUGCCCCUUGUAAGAGCAAGACCAACCUGCUAUUGUUUCAGAAAGAAUGAAGUGUCUAGUCCUUGCAUCCAAGUUGUCUGUGAUUGUGUCACCGCUUACUUCGGUGGCGGUUGUAGCUCUGCGUGUGCGCUCUCUGAGCGCCGUCGCACACCAGAGCGCAACACCUAGUGGAGAACCGAGUGGGGACAUCAUCACGCUUGAGAGCCGAAGUGUACCGAAAGGCAAAGCGAAGAGUCGCCAAGGGACACCUGCACUGGCAUGUGGAGGAUUUCUGAUUAGUAGUGCUGACCUUCGAGAACGUUGUCAAGAGAGCGUUUGGCAUGCUGCAGGUCCUAUCUCCGUAACUGCUUUCCUGCAACAAAGUACGGGCGAGAAGCAAAUCGACGAACAAGAGGACGAGAGUCAAUGCGAAGAAGGUCUUAGCGAGAUGCUGGGAGAUCUUAGCCUUUUUGACAGUGACGACAUGAAAGGGAAAACGGAUCAGCAGCAAUCCAGUCCUGUCACUACUGCAACUUCGGGAACGACCCCGAAAGGCGAGCUCGACCGAUUUUGUCUCGAGGAUACCUCUGAUGGAGACGAUGGCAUGGAGGAGUUGCCGCCCGCGGCCUUGCCGGUCGCUAGUAACGACACUCCGACCAGUGCUCAGCUCGUCCCGUCGGCUGCGGUGCCGAUGGACGAUGACGCAGCAUCAUGCCUCGAUGAGCGCACGGUGAAAAGGCUCCAGCAAGAGCACACAGCGAUGUUUGCGACACGUUUGAACAACAAUGAGGACGCAUCUCCUGUGUCGUGGAUCCCGCGCCACAAAAAGGAGGAGAUAACCGCAAUUCUACAAACCUGGAAACAUGUGCAGUCAGACGACUUGCUCGAUCGGCUUAUGCGCGAGUGGAAGGACGUCGAGAAAAAGCUGCUGCAAUUCGAUGCCCCAUUCUACGCUCUUAUGGUGUCGCUUCUGGCGGAGUACGUGUACGAGGAGGAACCAAUCUCAGCCUCGAUGCUCGAAGUGCUGGAGAACUUGACGAAGGGGACCGACGCAAUGGCAAGUCACUCAGACGCAGAUGACGAGGACCACUCGGAUGAUGAAUUGGGGUCAUCUUCAUCGGAAGAGGAAUGGGAUAUUUUUCAGGAAAUCUUAAACCCGUGGUGUUGGGGGGGACGUGCGGAGCAGCGGCUGUUGAUCGGACCUUUCCAGGAUGCUUGCAACUCUAUCGAUUUCUACAUCUUUUUCACCGAGUAUUUUCUGCGUGUCGCGAAGAUGCGCUUGCUGGAGGAUGCAAAAGGCAGAGGAAAGCAGCUGCGCUUGAAGUGCAAAGUAGUUUAAUGAACAACAAGAGACUUCAUAAUUCGUUUUGCCCCUUCUACUUUUGCGAUGUUGAUGGUGAAGCUUCAACUUUUCACUUUUAGCAGAAGAGUAUGAAAAGAUAUUUGUUUAUACGAGGCAUCUGCAGAAUUUUAGAGCGUAACGGCUUAGGAAUAUACAGUCUGCACCAUUUUUGGCGGUGUUUAUUCGUAAUCUGACACCGAGCGGCCCCGACGAUAGAGAUAAACGCGACGGCGGGAAUCAACGCCGCCCCGAGUUGUGGAAAUCGUGCGCGUUUUUGCUUGUUCGGUGUGUAGUGUUUGUUCCUAUCCCGAGAAGAGUUGCCUAGUUCGUUCUGCGUUCGGUUUGGCGUGAAACUUGUGAAAUGCUUCGAAAUCCGAAAAGGUGCGCACGUCGCCCGCAUAGCUUAGCUUUUAGCGCUGUGCGGCGUUCGCGCUUCUCCCGCGCGCUUUGGGUGUCGCUCGUUGACGGCGGCAAUAUGACAGACCGCGGCGCGGCUCGGUCUUGGUCUGCCUUGCUCUUGGUGUGGGCUUGUGGCGUGCUGGAACGAAGGCUGCCGACGAGAGGGCGCCCAGCGGUCUGUCGCUCGGUGUGUCUGUUCUUUCUCUGUGGUCCCGCGUGGUCUCUUUCAGAGGGUCGCUCGCUUCAGUUUUUUUCGCUCGCCCAAUGUUGUCGGCCCGCCUCGCUUGUUCACUGGGUGGACUCUCAGGGGGUUGCGCUUGAGUUGCUAUUUAAGUAAUUGCCUCAACCGAUCCCCCCCGCCCCCAAAUUCUUGAGGCAUUGACGCAAGUGCCCAGUGAGCGGAGUAACAUAGCUCCGCGCGUUUUUCGUUGUCUGUUCGGUUUUCCGUGUGUUUGUGCAGAGUGGUGGAGGCCUUGCUGCGGUAGAUGCACCCGCCUAGGAGUAGGACUCUUUUCCGGUCAGUCUGGGGGUGGCCUUAGUUGCCCCGCACUGACUGGCGUUCGUGCCGCGUGGUGGUUAGCUUUGCUUGGGCUGCGGCGCUUCAUCUCCCAGAGGCCCGCCAUGCGUGAGAGGCUUUGAACCGCGAAAGCCGCUGCGGCCUGGCGUUCUUCUGUUCGUUGUCAGACUCACCGUCGGCUUUCUUUGCGCCUCUCAAUGAAUAGGGUCAGCUUCUUUGUCUUUCCUUGUUUCUAUUUCUUCGGUUUAGGUGAGAACGGUCCGCGAGAGUUGUGCUUUUCUUCUGUUCUUCAAUCGUAUUGGAGUUAUAUUUUCUUGCGACCUUUUUCUGCGUCACUUGCUCCUGCUUAACGCUUGGGAAUAUCUUAGCAUCCCGCGUUUGUGCUUAUCGUUCCGUUACCCUGUGUCGUUCUGCAUAUCUCAUCAUUAUCAUCAUCAUCAUCAUCAUCAUCUUCUAAGAUCCUACGACUCAUUCGUAGAGCUCUCUAAAAUACAAUACAUGGGACUACAAAUGACGUUUCGAACAAGAGCAAAACUGUUAUUUUCUAACUGUCACUAAUAAGACAUUGAUUGUAAGAGGAACUUAGCAGUUGUAACAAAGAUCGGUUGAGUGCAGUCGUCUAACACCUGAUUCUCCUUCAUUCGAAAGAACUUUGCAUAAAUAGAUUAUCGUCCUUGAGGCAGCCCGUCGAAAUAUUAGGAGAUUGGAUCGUCG